AUGUCAACUACAAUCAAUGCUCCAGCACAAAGGUUAUUAGGCAAAGUGGCUGUGGUAACUGGUGGAGCCUCCGGGAUCGGAGAAAGCAUUGUCCGCCUGUUCCAUUUCCACGGUGCUAAAGUCUGUAUAGCCGAUGUCCAAGACGACCUUGGACAGAAGCUCUGUGAUUCCUUUUGUGAUCCGGAAAAUGUUUAUUUUGCUCAUUGUGAUGUUGUGGUAGAGACUGAUGUUUCGGAUGCAGUAUACAAUACUGUUGGUAAAUUCGGCACUCUAGACAUCAUGGUCAACAAUGCUGGAAUUUCUGGAGCACCUUGUCCUGAUAUCCGCAACGUGGACAUGUCUGAAUUCGACAAAGUAUUUGGCAUAAAUGUGAAAGGUGUUUUCCAUGGAAUGAAACAUGCUGCUCAUUUUCUGAUCCCUAAGAAAAGUGGCUCAAUAAUUUCUAUCUCAAGUGUUGCAAGUUCCUUAGGAGGAGUGGGGCCUCAUGCGUAUACAGGCUCCAAGCAUGCUGUGUGGGGGAUAACAAAGAAUGUUGCAGCUGAAUUGGGGAACCAUGGAAUAAGAGUGAACUGUGUGUCGCCGUAUUGUGUUGCAACAGGUUUGGCUUUGGCUCAUUUGCCCGAGGAGGAGAGAACCGAGGAUGCAAUGGCGGGAUUUCGUUCUUUCGUCGGGAAAAACGCGAACUUGCAGGGUGUAGAGUUAACUGCUGAUGAUGUAGCUAAUGCUGUGCUUUUUCUUGCAAGUGAUGAUGCAAAGUAUAUCAGUGGAGAGAAUCUUAUGGUUGAUGGAGGAUUCACCCGAAUAAAUCACUCACUCAAAGUUUUUCGAUGA